AUGGCUUCGUUUAGCUCCGUGCUUCUGCCCUUGCAUGCACCAGUUUCUGCUAGUUCGGAUCCUCGUUUUCAGCGUCCUUCUCUCCUUUUACCUCCUGUGUCCUUAACACCACAAACAGCAAAACGUUUGCUGCAGCAGCACAAGGAAUGGACAUUUGCUGCUGUAUUUACAGGGGGAGGUUUAUCUGUUGCAGCAACAUUUAAUCAACAAGCUGACUUCCUGGCUUUGGCUCGCGCUUUUGACUAUCGGGAGAAGACCGUCAGCAACGGUAUUUCUUUCUUGGGACAUACUUACCCAGUUACAAGGUUUGCACCGCCGCUGAUUAUAUGCCGCCGCGGUGUUGGUGAUGACACAGAAGGCCUAGCAGUCUUAAAGACUGCAGCAUUAAAUGCCUUUCCUUAA